AUGGAAGUGCCGGCCUACAUUCGAUCUCUCACGCCCGAGGAGCGAAUCCGGGCAGAAAAGGCCCUCGUCCGCAAGAUCGAUAUCCGAUUACUUCCAGCUAUAAUCAUCAUGUAUAUCAUGAACUACCUCGAUCGGAACAACAUCGCAACCGCCCGCCUGGCUGGCCAUCCUGGACUACAGGCCGACCUGAAGAUGUCCGACUCGCAGUACGAAACGGCCGUGUCGAUCCUCUUCGUCGGCUACAUCCUCAUGCAGGUUCCCUCCAACUUAUUCCUGAACAAGAUCGGAAAACCGGCCAUCUACCUGCCCUCCGUCAUGGUGGCGUGGGGCAUCGUUUCGACCUGCACGGCCGCCGCGCAGGAUUUCGGUGGCCUGGUCGCGAUCAGAUUUAUUUUGGGUUUCGUGGAGGCUCCAUAUUUCGGCGGCUGUCUGUUCUACCUCUCUUGUUGGUACAGUCGGAAGGAGCUUGCGUUUCGAUCCGCUGUGCUCUAUUCGGGAAGUUUGAUGUCAGGGGCUUUUGCUGGGUUGAUCGCUGCUGGGAUCACGAGUGGCAUGGACGGCAAACUUGGACUUCCUGCCUGGAGAUGGCUAUUCAUCAUCGAAGGAGCCAUGACGGUUGUCAUAGCCGCGGCGGCAUUCUUUGUGUUGCCCAAUUUCCCACGCACUACCAAAUGGCUUACGGACGAAGAGCGCGAAUUGGCAGUUUGGCGUCUACAAGAAGAUGUCGGCGUCGACGAUUGGGUUGACAGCAAAUCGCAAUCAUUCUGGGGCGGCUUCAGCCUCGCUGUCAAGGAUCUCAAAGUAUGGAUCCUCAUGCUCAUGCUGCUGGGCAUUGUCUCGGCCGGCUCUGUCACCAACUUCUUCCCGUCGGUCGUCAAAACGCUCGAUUACGACAACAUCACCACAUUGCUCCUCACGGCACCGCCUUACAUUCUCGCCGUCAUCACCGUCUUCUGCAACGCCGUUCAUGCUGACAAGACUGGCGAACGGACGUUCCAUGUCAUAUUACCGUUGAUUGUAGCGAUCGCGGCGUUCAUCCUCGCUGCUGCAACAACAUCCACAGCGCCGCGAUAUGUCGCAAUGUUGCUUAUGGUCCCGGGAAUCUACACUUCCUACGUGAUCGUUCUGGCUUGGAUUUCAAACACCAUCGCCCGACCUCCAGCGAAACGCGCAGUAGCACUGGCAUUGAUCAAUGCCAUUUCCAAUGCUUCAUCGAUCUACGCGUCGUACAUGUAUGGUGGCGCGCCGCGGUACAUUCUUGCAUUUUCGGUCAACUGCGGGACUUUGCUGCUGUCCAUCGCCAUGGCCGUGCUUUUGAGAAUUGUGUUGAGCAGGGCAAAUAAGAAGCUCGACCGUGGCGAGGAGGUCACCGGUGCUACCGGUGGACCCAAUGCUGAGAUUGAGGGCGAGGCCAUGAAGAAGGGGUUCAGAUAUUUGAUAUGA